AUGUCCUCCCAGCUGCCCAGUGGCGACUGGCCCCAGCAGACCAUCAGCGGCGUGUUCAACCGCAACUGCAUGAUCACCUACGCCAACUACAGGAACAUCUUCCCCAUCUGGGCGCUGGGCCUGUACCGCCGCCUCGUACUGGGAGGGGCCAAGAGGCUGCCCCCGGGCGCGCGCCCCCCGCCCGGCGCCGCGGCGGGCUGGGUCUGCGCGGUCAGCGACUACUACACCGCUUGA